UUAAGAAUCUGAAGAUCUACAGCAUGAUGUCUCGCACUUUCGCCUUCUCACGACUUCUUGUUCUUGCUAGUUGCAGUUGCAGAACCAUCCAUGCGUCAGCCCCACCUCAAGAAUUUUAAACAAUUUAUUAAUUUCUUCUCUGACAACAUCCACGUUCAAGUACGUCCCUUUUUUCCCUCCGCCCCCUUAGUUUUCUGCUCUGCGUUGGGUUUUUUAACAGAUAUAAUUUGCUUCCAAACGAGCGAGGUUUAGGGUUUUUAAUCUUUUCUGGGUUUCGAUCUCCCCGCUCUGUAGUUCUUUCCAGAGGAAAAAAAAAACAGGGGAAAUGUCGACUUUUUCUUCGCUCUCUACUGCGACGGCACUAUCCCAAAUCCCCAAAAUGGUUCCUCCGGGGGGGAAUACAAUCCUCAAUGUUCGGCCAGGAUCGCCCCACUUUUGCCUUAAGUUCAAAUUCAAUACUAACAGAUCUCUCUUCACUCUAUUCACCUCCAGCUGCAAGCCCCAAUUGCGAUGCAAAUCCCGGCCGAGAACUUCCAUCCAAUGCCUUUUCACUGGCAUUGUUGAAGAAAUGGGCCGAGUAAAAAAUCUAGGUGUUACUGAAAACGGGGGAUUUGACCUGGAGAUUGUUGCCAAAACUGUUCUUGAGGGUGUACACCUUGGAGACAGCAUUGCCGUGAAUGGAACUUGCCUUACUGUGACUGCUUUUGAUCACGAACUAUCGGAAUUCACGGUGGGGUUGGCGCCGGAAACGCUGAGGAAGACGUCAUUGGUGGAGCUCGUGCCCGGUUCACCGGUGAAUUUGGAGAGGGCGGUCCAACCAAUCAGCCGAAUGGGUGGGCAUUUCGUGCAGGGGCACGUAGAUGGGACUGGGGAGAUAAUUUCAAUGGAACCUGAGGAGGACUCUUUGUGGAUAAAGGUGAGAACAUCAGAGGAUCUGCUCAAGUACAUUGUACCGAAAGGAUUCAUUGCUGUGGAUGGAACCAGCUUGACUGUGGUGGAUGUUUUUGAUGAGGAAAAAGCCUUUAACUUCAUGUUGGUUGCUUAUACUCAGAACAGUGUGGUGAUCCCAUUGAAGAAAGUUGGGGAUUUGGUGAAUUUGGAGGUAGAUAUUCUUGGCAAGUAUGUGCAGAGGCUCCUCAGCAAUGGCGCCAUCACUCCCAUUAAGUCUCCGUGACAAUAAAGCCUAGAAAUAAAAAGGUCUUAAAAGUUGCUAUCUUCUUCUACAUAAAGUUUUAGCCUGCCUUGUUAUGUAUUUUCACAAUUAUCAACUUGGGGUUCGGGAUGAAUAAAUGGUCUGAUGUUCAACUGUCUUAUUGUCUUUGUUGUAUUUGGAAAACGGUUGGACAAGGAUGUUACUCUUUGUAUUAUCAAUUGACAACCUUAUUUUCAGCGAGGUAAUGCUUUCAGUUUCCAUA